UCGGAGCUGUUUAACCAUUAAACAUGGGGCGUCUUGGAGAAGGCGGGGACGCCGUGCUUCCCUGCCACUUCACCCUGUACCUUGCUCCCUCUCGAAUUCGCUGCAGCCAUGAAGCAAACGGAAGGGCUCGAGGGCGACAAAGCAUCCAUCAUAAAAUUUGAAUUUAACCCCAAAGAUGGGAUUGACAACCCCGCCUUGUCACUGGCUGAGGACAUGGAUGGCGAGGCCAUGGGGGAACCCCGCUUCUACUUGCUGAGCAAGGGCAGCACAGAGACCUUCGGCUUCUGCCUGCACAAGGAGCUGGGCUGCCAGGGCCACGUCAUCCGGCAGGUCGAGCUGGGGGGGCUGGCCCAGCGCCGGGGGCUGCAGGAUGGGGAUCGGCUCCUCCAGGUCAACGGCCUCUUUGUGGACCACAUGGAGCACCACCGGGUGGUGCAGAAGAUCAAGGCCAGCGGGAACCAGGUCCUGCUGGCAGUGCUGGAUGGCGACUCCUACGAAGCAGCCAAAGCGUUGGGCAGAGAUCUGUCCCAAAUGCUGCCCGCUGACAUCCGCCCGCGCCUUUGCCACAUCACACGGGACAAAAGCGGUUUUGGUUUCAGCGUGUCGGGGCCAGAAGGCGUCAAGGGCACGUUCCAGCUGUCAGUGCGGCAGGACGGGCCGGCGGAGAGAGCUGGAGUGCCAUCAGGCUCCUGGCUCCUGGAGCUGAAUGGGCACAGCGUCAGGAGCUGCUCGCACACCCAGCUGGCCCGAAAGCUGAAGCAAAGCGGCAGCAAGGUGACACUGCUGGUGGCAUCCGGCCCGGUGGAGGAGUUCUACCGCCUGCGGGGGCUGCAGGUGACAGCUGCCCUGGCAGACGCCUCCUGGCUGCCCUUCAAGGCUCGGGAGCUGCACAUGGUGAAAGGGGACGCUGGCUACGGGUUCUUGCUCAAGGAGGAUGACUACGGCUCGGGGGCCGUAGGCCAGUUCCUAUGGGACAUAGAUGCGGGGCUGCCGGCUGAGCAGGCAGGGAUGAAGGAAGGGGACCGGGUCCUGGCUGUGAAUGGUGAGAGCAUCGAGGGCUUGGACCACCAGGAGACGGUGCUGAGGAUCCGUGCCCACAAGGAACAGGUGACACUGCUGGUCAUCGACCCUGCCAGCGAUGCGUUCUACCGCUCGAUAGGGCUGUCUCCUCUGCUGUUCCUCGAUGACGGUGACCCUGCCUUGGGCUCCUGCACGUCCUCCCUGCCCUCUCCCAGCGACUCCCCUGGGCUCUGUCACAUCGAUGUGGGACCAAAGGGACCUGGCUCCUGGCUGAUGACUGCUGCCAACAGCAUAACCAUCACACAGAGCCCAUGCAGAGAGCAGAGGCAGCUGCGCCAUGCAUUCUAGCAGCCUGGAGCACCCUGCUUCCAGCCAGGAUCCCAUGCAGCACUGCUGAUAUACCCAGAGAACACAAUGAUUGUCAUUAUGAACAGCACUGCAUCUGUGUUCCUGGGGUAGAACUUCCAGCAUCACACCUACCAGAGACUCGUUUCUACUGGCCAAGGUUGGCCUCAAGCUUUUAUUGAAUGUAGCAGUAAUCUGAAGACACUCCCACACCUCCAGGGAUAUCUGGGGACAUAAUGCUCAGCUCCAGGCUCUGGAUUGCUCCCAGGAGAGCCAAGGCUCUGCCCUCCGUGCCAUGACCCAGGGGGCUGGACUUUGGGCUAAGGGGAAAAGGGUGCUGAAGGAGCCCCCCAGCUCUCAUCUGGGCUCAGAUCUGCCCUGCAUGGACUCGUGCUCCCUCGUGCUCCUCCUCUGCGAACUGCUGGGUGGUACCUGCCCUCAUCACAGCACUGUUCCCAUGUCGCUGCUUUGGAGACUGAUUAAAGGAC